AAAGUAAAAGAACCGAGAAAAAGAGAGGCUGCGAAAGGAAAACAUAAAAACAACCGCAUAACGAAAGUUGAAUCGACGGCGACGGUCGACUGGGAAAGUGGCAAAUUGUCGAACCCAUUAGUGCAGUUUUAUCAGUUUUACCGUUAUCAAUCGCGGCGGUGACCAAUCGCAUUCGGGCGGUGAUUUACGAGAUUCGUGCGUGCGUGUUUGCUGGGAUUUUUUUUCUUUUCGGUUCCGUUUGAUGACCCUGGAGGAUGAGUGUGAUUAGUGUUGUGUUCCACGUAUGGUUCUGUUUCUGAUUUUUGGGCCCGCAGUGACCAAUAUUGAAAGGGGAGCUUUUACCGAGGAAAGUUCCACUUGUAGGCGUUUCGAAUAGUUAUUCAAGUGUUAUCAAGUGUACUCAAAGUGUUCAAACAAUUAGAAAUGGCCGACGAAUAUUAUCUGCAGAAUAAUGCUUCCAACAGUGACGAUUCCGAAUCGGAACUGAACCUGAGCAUUCCCGAGCUGAAGGGAUAUCUGAGCAAAUGGACCAACUACAUCCACGGCUGGCAGCCCCGGUUUAUCGUGCUAAAGGAUGGCACUCUGUCCUACUACAAGAGCGAACAGGAUAGUGACUUCGGAUGUCGGGGAGCGAUCAGUUUGCAGAAAGCCACGAUAAAGUCGCAUGAAUUCGACGAGUGUCGGUUCGAUGUGUCCAUCGGGCAGAAUGUUUGGUAUCUGCGGGCCGAAACUCCCGAGGACAAGCGAAACUGGAUCGAGGUUCUGCAGUCGUACAAGACGGACUACCCGGAAACGGUUAGUCUGCGGCGCCAUGGCAGUACCAUUUCGCUGCAGUCCAACACACUGUCCACGGCCAGCGGAAGCAGCAUGAAGCGGGUCAGCCGGGGUUUGCGGGAAAAAAUGCACGAGAUCGAAACGUACCGUGACAUUCUGUACGGCCAGAUCGAAACUUUGCAGCGUUAUUUCGACUCACUCCACCUGAAAAGUGGAGAAAACAAUCCGCUGGACCUGGGGGACGGAUUGAAACCGAUCGACUUCAAGGGUGAGGCGAUAACAUUCCGUGAAACGACGGCCGGUGUGAUCACCACGCUGCAGCACUGUUUGGACAUCAUCUCGCAGAAAGAGGAGAGUUUUAAGAAAAAGUUCGAUCGGGAAGUGGACAGGCGUAAGAAAGCAGAGGAUCUGUACAGGCAAUGCAAAGACGAAGUGAUGAAAAACAGGAAUACGUCCAUUCCGGGUCCAGAUUUAGAGGAAGGGCCACAUUCGACGAUCCCGGAGGAUGAAUUUUUCGAUGCCGUCGAGACUGGCCUGGAUAAGAUCGAGGAGGAUCGGCAGCUGCGCGUACGGCUCAAAUUCCAAUCUCAACAGUCUCAAAUCAGCACGACCAGUUCCGUUUUCACCGCCAACCAGGAGACUGACGAUGACAAGCAACAGUCGGAGGACUUUGGAACCGGCGUGCAGGCCCGAACCCACAAGCUGUGGCCGGAAAUCGACCGAAUCUGCACAGAGCAGCUGGACCAGGCCCGCCAGGGCGUAGGCGAUGGAGGCAACGGGUGGCAGCUGUUUGCCGACGAGGGCGAAAUGAAGAUGUACCGGAGGGAGGAGGAGGUCGACGGAAUGGUCAUCGAUCCGCUCAAGUCGUGCCACGUGGUGCAGGGCGUCACGGCACGCGAGAUGUGUCACUACUUUUUCGAUCCGGCCUACCGGAAUGACUGGGAAACGACGCUGGAGGACGUACAGCUUGUGGACAAUGUCGCGCCGGACACGAUGGUCUUCCUGCAAACGUACAAGCGCAUCUGGCCCGCGAGCCAACGUGACGCGCUGUUUUGGUCGCACAUGCGAAAAAUCAGCGACAACGAGGACCAGAGCGCGCACGACACGUGGGUUGUGUGCAAUCAUUCCAAUCAAAAUGAAGAGUAUCCGCCCGCAAACCAAGGCAAAUGCGUCCGUAUCUAUCUGACCGUGAUAUUGCUUUGUCAAACAUAUCUGCCCCCCGGAAAGGACGCCAAAACGGCAACCCGUGACGACCUGACCUGCAAAAUUACGUACUGCUCCACUGUGAACCCUGGAGGCUGGGCGCCCGCGACAGUGCUUCGUGCGAUCUACAAGAAAGAAUAUCCAAAGUUCCUUAAACGCUUCACGGGAUAUGUUAUUGAACAGAGUAAGAAUAAGCCAAUUAUGUACUAGUUGUUGAUGUUGCGAGCGAGAGAUGGGUGGAACGAGUUGUUUUGUGUGCAUGCGCUUGAAAUAGUAAAUGAUGAAUGAUUGCGAAAACGUGUUGAACUAGGACCAUAGGAUUGAGAGUUAUAUUAGAAUGUAAGGACUUUUUUUGGCAGUGUAAAUUUCACCUGUAAAUUGUUUUCGAUUAGGAUAAAUUUUUGAUUGUUUAACUGACAGGAGCUAGAUUUCGUUUGGACGUAAACAUUGGUUAAAUGAAAAAUAAAGAUUACAUGGAUGAGCUUUUGUGUGGACGAGUUGUUUGUGUUUUAUAGAAAUAGGUUACCCAGUAAAAGAAACCAGCUUUCUUCACAAAAUAUUAUAUUUGCGUUUUGUACUCCAUGUUAUAAUAAAUGAGAAAAAAA